GUGCACAUGUAAACAAACCAAAGUGCCAAGAAAAAAGCAACAGUUCCCGGCUUCCAACGAACCUUCAUAAUCUUUUUAUUCUUUGUUAUUUAUUAUCAAUUUGACGUAUUAAAAUUUGAGGUUUUUUUUGGAGGGUUUCGACAAGCUAGACAUUAUUUUAGGAGCCAUCAUGUUGGAUAUUGAUGUCCAGAGAUUUCUACAGGUCAUAAAGACGAAGGGAGUCAUGAGCGAGGAAGAUGUUGUCCGAGAAGUGGUUUCUAUCUUUGGGGACAAUUGUACAAUGAGCCUGAUAGAGAUGAUCAACAAAAGACUGGAACCAUUCAACAUGACGAUCAAAUCAGCGAUUUGCGAACUCACUGGCAGAAAAUACUGGGUCUUCACAGCUAAUGUUAUUGAUAAAGUAAUGAAAUAUCCAGGGCAGUUCACCGAGGUGCAGUUAGAGUUCAUCAGAAAAGUUUUCAGUGAGAUUAUUAAUUCUGAUGAUGGAUAUGUUUCCACUAUGAAUUGCAUCAAUGUGAGAUCACAGAUGAUCGGGAAAUUCUCGCCCACUCAGGCUGAGCGCAUGCUGAAUGUGAUGGCUGAGCAGAUGUGGGUGUAUCACCAGAAUGGAAAGGUUUAUAUAGGAGUCAGAAGUAUAGGAGAACUAAUGCAAUAUUUCAAAGACUGCUAUGCAGAUGGUCUCAACGUGUGCUCGAUGUGCAAGGACACCUUAUUUCACGGACACAAAUGUGAAGAGUGUGAUGCUGCCAAUCACUUGUACUGUCUUGCAAAAGCAUUCAAAUAUCAGAAAAAUCUAAAGUGUUUAAGAUGUGAAACUCCAGUGAACGCGCAAAACUUACCAGAGGUCGAAGAAGAUUAUUCAAUGGAUGUAGAAGUGGAUGAUGACGUGCCGGUUAAGCCUCGUAACACUCACAAGCCUCGCAAGUCUCAGAAAAGAAGUUGAUGAUUCAAGAAACAUUAAUGAAAGGACCCUAUGUACGCUGAAAAGCGUAACUUCAGACCAAGAUCCACGUUUACCUUGCGGUGUUCAAACCAUGAUAAGUCCCGUUAGAACCUCGCAUCAUGCCCCAGACUGAAAGAGGUGAAAAGAGAC